GCGCUUCCUCUCCGAGGGCUCUUGGGCCUCCCUGGGAGCCUGGGCGCCCGUUCCCCCACCACGUCCCGCGCGCCCGGAGCGCUCCCCGACCGGGAUGGGCGGCAGGACCUGGCUGUCCAGGCCGGGGCUGCUGCUGCCCUGCCUGCUGCUGCCGCCGCUGCUGCUGCCCGGGGCGGCGGGCUUCGCGCCCUCGCUGGACGGCGACUUCACCUUCACGCUGCCCGCCGGCCUGAAGGAGUGCUUCUACCAGCCGAUGCCGCACAAGGCGUCGCUGGAGAUCGAGUACCAAGUUUUAGAUGGAGCAGGAUUAGAUGUUGAUUUCCUUCUUGUUUCUCCACAAGGAAGAACUUUAGUUUAUGAACAAAGAAAAUCAGAUGGAGUUCAUACGGUAGAGACUGAAGUUGGAGACUACAUGUUCUGUUUUGAUAAUACAUUCAGCACUAUUUCUGAGAAGGUUAUUUUCUUUGAAUUGAUUAUGGAUAAUAUGGGAGACCAAGAGCAAGAACAGGAGGAGUGGAAGAAAUAUAUUACUGGCACAGAUAUGUUGGAUUUGAAACUGGAAAAUAUCCUGGACUCCAUCAACAGUAUCAAGUCCAGAUUGAGCAAAAGUGGUCAUAUCCAAACUCUGCUUAGAGCAUUUGAAGCUCGUGACCGAAACAUACAAGAAAGCAACUUUGAUAGAGUCAAUUUCUGGUCAAUGGUUAAUUUAGCAGUUAUGGUGGCAGUGUCAGCUGUUCAAGUUUAUAUGCUGAAGAGUCUUUUUGAAGAUAAGAGGAAAAGCAGAACUUAGAAUUUCAAGUUGAUGGAUGCUGGACAGUGUAUGACUGAAAUUCACAGGGACAACUAUCUCAUGGUGAUUCAAUUACAAAUUUUAU